GCAUUGGGGCAGUUCAGUUGCCCGCGAUUCAGCGCGGGGGUUGUUACCUGUGCUGGACCCCACGAGCGCGAAGAACUUUGAUCCCUCGAAUUACAGGACACUCGAGGUUCCCUUUCGCAGGGGCACUCCAUUUAGUAUGGUCCGCAUAGUUUUCCGUGAAUUCGACGAAUCGACCUGGAUUAGUGGUUAUUUCUGUAUAUAAGUGCGGGAAUUGAAAAGUCGACGCAUCGAGUUCACGCGCGGCCGAUCACGUGUAUCAGGACGAAGGGUGUGAAAAAUGAAAUAAAAAUGACAACCCCUUGAAAUUAUUCGCUUACAAAUAUCUCCGAGUAAACGUACCGAUAUUAAAUCGCCGAAGGAGUGAAGCGUGAAAAUGGUCGGUGUGACGGGCGACAUUAAUAAACGUGCUUUCUCGUGAGUGCAUGGUGACAAUAAGAAAUUGCAGUUUGCGGACAGCAGUCUGACGAAUAAUAACAAUGUGCAGUGCGUACGUGAUAGUUGCUCGUAAAUCGCAGUUAAGGCGACACGGUUAUUUGUGCGAUUCGUGAGAAGAACAAUGGGCAAUAAUACGCAGUGCGUAAUUCAAGGCGCGUGUCGAAGCUCGCGACGUGAUCGCGUAGGCAUGAAUUUCAUGCGAUCAAAGUAUUCCGUUGAUUAUAGUACACCAUAUUGAUAAAUGAAUAUAUCUGUCGAGGUGUUUUCAUGAAAUCGACCAAUUUGCCUCGCGCUAAUGCUAUAUAUAGGAGGAUUCGUCUGGUUUUCACUUUGACGACGAUUCCAGAGAAUCUCAAGGCUUUAUAGCGUGCGUCGCUCUUUUGGAUAUUCAGUGAAACGCUUAACGAAGGCGAUACUGGAAAAUGACUGCCCAUCCUCGAAAUGCUAAUGGAUCAAGACAGUUUGCAGGCUUGGCAACCAGCUCGACUAAAAGCUUCAGGAGCGUAAAACUGACGUUUCGUGUGCGUUAACUAUCCUCGUCGUGGACUUCAGCGAAGAUUACGAUUGGACAGAAAAGUGGCGCAGCAAUGAGAAGCUUGUAAAGCGUCUGAAUAAUUGUCUGAGAAUAAUGCGAAAUGAAGGAGCGGCGAAUAUUUUGCAGGACGAGCGCGACCAACUGAGUGGAACGUGUGAGAGAAGAAUCGGUUUGACGCAUCUACGAAGAAGAAAAGGGCAUGAUAAAAUCGGAAAAUGGGACAGGAGAUAUAGGGGUUACGGUGGUUUGAAGGAAAUAUCGAUCGCGCGAUAAACUUGCGGAUUUCACGCACCGUAACGCACCGGGAUAAGAAAUUGUCGUUUUCAUGAGACAGCAAAAAUUUCUUUCACCGAUUCUUGGGAAUUUUGAAAUUCGCAAAAAGGGUACUUUGACGCGUGCUUAUUUCUGAAGAAAUGAAUCGUUAAGUGUCAAGGAUAAGUUUUUCAUGUAUUCGUUACUGGCAAGGAAGGAAGGAAGAAAAGGAAAGAAUACGAAUGAAAGAUAUAAAUAAAAUUGGCAAAUGAUUAUUGAGACUGCCGAAAAUUAUUGCGAAGAAUAUUUCAGAAUCGCGAGAUUUCGAGCGGCUCGAAUCGACUCGUUUCCCGAGGGAAGUGAUACAAUUUUUAGCAUUGCACAAGGAACUGGGUCGAAGGAUGAGAGAAAAACGGAAAGCGACAAUGCUGUGAAACAUUCGAGAAUAUUAAUUCACGACAAUAAAACCAAAAACGACAAUAACGUUAAUACUUAAGGAAAUUAAGCGACUCUAAUUUAUAAUCCUAUUGAUCGUGAGAGGCUGAGAUGCCUUUUAAAAGGCGAUACAAGUGUGACAGUCUCGUUGUUACAUACCAAAAGGCAUCGGUACUUCAAGACUAGGCUAACUCGCUCUAGAGAAAUUAUUUAAGAAAACUGGAAAAGAAAACAAAAAGUAUUUACCCAAAAGAGAAGACAAUUAAAAAAACAAUAAAAAGAUAAAAAUAAUUAAAAAAAACCAUAUCAGAAUUGAUAUUAUUAAUCUGAACGAGCAUAACAGACAAGACAGACAAUAUAGACGAUUCUUUCAUAAAAAUCUAUUGAAAAGUCAACAACAGUUUACAAGAAUUCCAUACAGACGGGGGGAAUCCCGCAAGCGAUGAAAUGUCCCUGCAUCACAAAUAUUACGUAACUACUGUGCCAGACGAAGGUGAGGACGGCUUCAAGAUGCCACGAGCAUCCGUGGUACAUAUGACGUCGACGGCCACAAGGCCGCAACACAUGUCCCAGGUCCUGGCAACCCUGGCACUAUCCAUGGGAACACUGGCGUCUGGCUUGGCCAAGGGUUACACGUCGCCAGCGCUGGACUCUAUUCUCGACAGUCAACCUCAUCUGUAUCACUCAGCGAGCAAUGACACUUGGUCAGGAUUCUCGGUAACAAAACAGGAAGCUUCUUGGGUAGCAUCCCUCUCUAUGCUGGGUGCCUGUGUCGGCGCCAUGCUUGGCGACUGGAUAAUGCGAAGGGGUCGCAGAUUGGCACUUCGCGUCUCAUCCUUACCCUUGACCGCCGCCUGGAUUCUGACGGGUGUUGCUCCCAGCGUAGAGCUCGUCUACACCACGAGCUUCUUAGGUGGUCUGUGCUGCUCCGUCAUCAUGAUGGUCACUCAGGUAUACAUCUCGGAAAUAUCAAUGCCAAGUAUAAGGGGUUGUUUAUCCGCAAUGCUCAAAGUCGUCGGGCACGUGGGGGUACUGCUUUCCUACAUCGCCGGGACGUAUCUGAACUGGAGGCAGAGUGCCCUUCUGGUUGCAGUGGCGCCACUGAUGCUCUUCCUUGGAGCACUCUUCAUACCGGAAACACCGUCCUAUCUAGUACUCAAUGGUAAGGAUGAGGAAGCUGCGCAGAGUCUUCAGUGGCUACGUGGCUCUCACGUCGACAUAAGGCACGAAUUACAGGUCAUCAAGACGAACAUCUUAGCCUCCAGAGCUAGGCGAUACGGUUUGACGUUUCGGAACAGCGUGAUGACCCCAAGACUCUACAAGCCCAUUGCCAUAACGUGCGGUCUCAUGUUUUUUCAAAGAUUCUCAGGAGCCAAUGCAUUCAAUUACUAUGCAGUCAUUAUAUUUCGUCAGACCUUGGGCGGUAUUAAUCCUCACGGAGCGACAAUAGCCCUUGGAUUUGUGCAGCUGCUGGCUUCCCUACUGUCAGGAUUCCUCAUAGACAUCGUAGGCAGGUUACCACUCCUGAUAGCCAGCACAGUCUUCAUGUCACUUGCACUGGCAGGUUUCGGAAGCUACGCAUACUACAACUCGAUGUCGCAAACGCAAAAUCUCCCAUAUCCCGAUCCGUCCGUGAUUGGCCAACACGAUUGGAUACCCCUACUCUGCGUGCUGGUAUUCACGACGGCCCUGGCGUUGGGCAUAUCGCCAAUUUCGUGGCUAUUGAUUGGCGAGCUGUUCCCUCUCGAGUACAGAGGACUCGGCUCCAGCAUCAGCACAAGUUUCAGCUACUUCUGCGCCUUCUUUGGGAUCAAGCUCUUUAUGGACUUCCAGCAGACUCUAGGUCUGCACGGGGCAUUUUGGUUCUACGCUGCCAUGGCUGUUUGCGGACUUUGCUUUGUCGUUUGUUGCGUGCCAGAAACCAAAGGGAAGCAACUGGACGAGAUGAAUCCGGACUACGCCCAGGCUCGGUAGUAUAAGGCCUCCCUCACUGGAGGGUUAUCCAACUUGGAGAAGACUAACAAACCCCUUCCCGGCGGGGCGUAUCCGAACGAGCACGAUCCUCGUCGUCUUUACGUACCCGGAAGCGCUGCAGCCGGCAGUAAAGAAAUGUCCAAUGGUUCGAGCGUCUUACCGGAGCGUGGCAAUCGCAAGCUCGCCGACUAUUGUGGCUUCAUUGCUGAGAAGACCGGUAGAAUCGGCAAGAAUAUCGGCAGCUUCAUGCAGUCGAAGGGUCUGCUUCCUGCGCGUAAUGAGGAGAGAAGCGACGAGAGAAAUACGGCCCUUAACUAUAACAAUGGAUUUACCAGCGAUACUGGACGCAACGAUCGAUGGGUUCAUCCGAAUAGCACUAGACCCAGUCGACCCGCCGAACGCUUUGAUAAUGGAAAUGAGGCUAGUGAGAAUAAUGGCUGCAGAAAAUAUCGCGAUCACAGAAAGCAUGGAAAACAUUUUUAUCCUAGAGAUACCGUAGCUCCGAGUAAAACUGACCAUUUGAAACAGGGGGAUUGCGCUCUGAUCAAUUACAAUGAGUGUCCUCGCCGCGUCCACCAUGAACGUCGUCAGGAGCUGGUACCGUUCUCCAGGAGCACGGAUGAUCUUGAGAGAAGGGUCUACGCCACUUUACCAAGACGCAACAGGACUCUUGGUCUCGAUGACUACGCUUAUUCGGACGAUCGUUAUCGGGGAUCGAGGUGUCCCAAGAGUCUUCAGGAUCUCACGGAUAUCGAGAUAGAGAAGAUCAUCGCCAGGAGCGCCGGCCAUCCGAACGUGGAUUUUUCCCUGGCUAAAUACUCGGCUGCCAAAAGCUACAGGAGGCACGCGGAAGAGGAGAAUUACAUGAAACUGUAUAAAAGCUUAUCGAGGCUCGACAGGAGUUUACCCAGAGGAAAGUACGCACCCGGGAGAGUGCAUUAUGAGAGAGAGUACAGGAUAUAUGGAAAGGACACGGUCGCUUUGAUAUAUUACAAGACAUGCUACUUGUGAUGGCCAGGAUAAGACGAGUAUCGAGAAUCACUCAAGAAUCGAAAGAUUCUUUAGGUUUAUUUUCUUUUUUCAUACUACGCCAUAUUCUCAAAUGUCUUUUUUCCGUUGCUUUCGAUGAAUCCUCAAAUUAUAGAGAAUCGAAAAUCUUUGGCGUUUACACGGAUCUAAGACGAUUUCGAGUAGACGCAGUUGUAAUGUUGAGUAUUUACAAAAAAGAAAACUUUUCUUUUUUACAUCAUUUGCCAAGCUCAAUGACACGGUCUAAGUACUAGGAUACUAAUUGCGUUUUCGAUGCGGCAAGUAUAAGAGUCUCUGGGCCCGGAAUGAAAUUUUUUAAAUUUUCAAUUAACGGUAAAAGGCUAGAACUUCCAUACAUCGUGCCUUUCUCAAAACACGACAAUACUAUACGUUUAAUGAUUAACACGUUAAGGAGAUACUAUAUGAGUAAGCGAACGUCAGGAGGAUCUUUAGUAUAUAGGUUAAAAAUAUUAUUAUUACUAGCGUAGCGUCGUCUACUACUCGUUAGUAGCAGAUUACUACUUAAAAUUAAUGCAACAGGGUCAUCGUCAAUGCCGACCGAUCUUACCGUCAUUGCCAAUGAUAACGAUUGAAAUUCGAAACGAAUCCUUUGAAUGUACCACUAAAAAUUUUUCAGACACUUUUAUCGUGUCAGAAGAAAUUCAAUGCACGGACCUAUUGACCUAAUUAGACCUUAUUCAAUUUCGUAAUCGGCUUCUAUUCAAUUAAUAUUCCUUUGGGUACGAAAAGUUUUAUGAAUUUUCAUUGUUAACGACAGCAAAGAUAAAUCGCUCGUUCGAAACGGAUCUGUACUAGUGGAGGGGCCCGCUUCCGGAUUGAACGUUACUUAAAGAAACAAGAAAAAAAAAAUACAUUUGCAACAUACCUUCGUCGUGGCGUGACGCUAAGAAAAAUUAGGAGGAAAAAAAAAGUAAUAUUAAUUGAUUUGAAAUUGGCGAGACAAGGCUUCCAAAAAAACCGCCCCGACCCGACAAAGGCGAAUGACUUAAAUGGAAAAAAAAAAAUUAUAUAAGAAACAACCACGACAAUAUCAAUUGUAUAGAUAUAUAUAUCUAUAUACAUAAAAAUAUAUAUAUACAUAUAUUAUACAUAUAUUAUAUUUCAUAUCAGAUAGAUAUUUAAAUGUAUAUUGCCUAUUGUACAUUGUACGUUUAGAACGGAGAAAAAAGAACUAACGACAAUAUUAACCAUUGCCAAAUUAAUGUGAGAGCUUUGGAGAGUGUAUAUCCAAACUUAUAAAAACCUAUGUAUAAGUAAUAGGACAGUUAUAGAGUUCAAGCGACACUAACGAUAUUCUUGAGGAACAAAUUCCAAUUAUAAUUUUCCCCUAUUCUUCUCUUUUAUCUCUCUAAUUUUAAGUAUAAUCACGUGCAAUUCGAAAUUCCGUAAAAUUUUCGAGCCCUAGACAGUCCCGCAUGAUGGCCGCAUAUCUAGAUUCGCGGUAAGACGUUUUAUAUUUUUAUAUAGUUUGUAGAGGAAGCGUCCGCGAACUCAGUAGCGUACGGACGUGGAUUCGCGAUAAUGAUUAAAAUUUUUUUUUUUUUCAAUUUUUCAAUUCAUCACACCAAUAGAUUUUCGAUUAUCGCGAAUCAACGAUCUGCACCGUAAUGAGAAAAAUUCUAUCCAUACGUAUAUACUAUAUAUAUAUAUCUUUUAGAAAACCCGUGAGUCAUAUCCCUGCCAUAUCCGACUUUCUUAACAAGACAAAGAGCGUCACCAUGUAUAUAUCUUAAAAAGCGUGUAUGUACUUAAGCAAAGCAAAGAGCGGAAAAAAAAAACUUUUCGUUAUACAAAAAUAAGAGGACAAUGCGAACGUAGCUCACGACGGAUGGAUAUUUGGAAAGAUUAAAAAAAAAAAUUAUAAUUUCACAUCGAGUAACCAAUACGUAAAAUUGAACUCCAGUAGUAGGUACACAUCUAUAACUACGAGUAAAACUCGGCAUUCCUUCUGCGAAUAUCGAAUUCCUAUUGUUCCAAGGGUGGAACUUGUAAUCUGAACUCAAUCCGUGGGAACGACGCUACUUCUGGAUACCGUCCGCAAGAAGCUACCUAGGCGUAUAGAAUAAUAUGUGCAAUGAUCUUUCAUGGGACUGGAUACGAUCGUGACUUAAUGGGGUAAGAAAUAACGGCGGACUAUCAGAACGAUAGUUUUGACGAUCGUGAAGCGAAUUCAUUGGAUAUUUCAUUGAUCGUAUUCAGUUUAAUGAGGAGGUAAGAGAUUAAUUGACCAUUCGCACGAUAACUCACGAUUCUAAAUACUUCAAGUAAGCACGUAUCAUCGUACGUGCCCACGUGUGUACAUACGUUCGAGUUAUCGACGAGUCGAAGACUUUGUUUUCUUUCCGACUAGACGAGUUAUAUUGAAAAUAAAAAAAUCUGCACUGUGCACUUCUGCGAAUUGAGGGUUUCCAUAAAACGUAAGGAUAUUAAAGUGCGAGAAUCGAUAAUUCUAUAAUAUUGGAGACGUAUAUACAUAUACUUAAUAUAAAUACAAAGAUGCGAGAAUGUAGAACUUUCUAAUAUAGCGUGCGUAUGUGUGUAUGUAUAUAUAUAUAUAUAUAUAUAUAUAUAUAUAUAUAUAUUUAUAUUCGAAGGAAAGCCGCUUCUAGAGGCACCGAACGUCGAAUAAUUUUAUUCGAGUAAUUUCGCAAUUACCCAAAUUUUUUUUCUUUUCAAGAGAAAAAAUUGUACGAAUGUAAAUUUCCCGACUGAAAAUAUCGUUAAAUUAAUUAACUCGUUACGAGUCUUAUAGCUAAUUCUUUUCUCUGGAUAGAGCUUAAUGACUUUCCGUUAAUUAUUAUUCAAUUUCGUCAAUACUUUUGGCGUAAUAUAUAGAUACGACAAUAAAAUAUAUUUAAAUAAAAUCAAGUACUGGCCAUUGUACUGGCGAUUAUGCUGGAUUGCCAUUGUACGGGUACGCACGUACGUACGAGUGACAAAUUUGAAAUUGUAUUUUCCAAAGAGAUAAAGUAACCAAUGACACCAGAAUCAAGAACCUUUGUAAAAGGCUCGCGCCUAGCUUCGCUUGCUAGAUUUAAUAUUUUUGUAAUGACGCGUAGUCGUAGCUUGUUCGUACCAACCUAUACGAUAUCGUCGGUACACACUAUGAUAUAAAGUAACGAUUACAAAAAUUUAAUUGAACAUCGUUAACCGACAGUAUUCAAGAUUAAAGAAUUAACAGUAUACUAUAUACUUUUUGGAAAAAGAAUCGCAUUAUUAAGAUCUGCCGUCUGAAAGAGAAAUGCCUCACUAACAAUGAUAAUAAUACCGAAAUACAGCGCCUUUCAAAGGAUUUAUUUUUUUUAUUUAUAAAAAAAAAAACUAUAAAAAAACUGGCCGCUCAUGAACUGUACGAAAAAAUUCUAUAAAAUUUUAAAAAACCGUUCGAAGUGUUCGCGUAGACUGGAUUAUAAUAUGUACGUACGAAAACAGAAGACCACGAGGAUAAAGAGUAUGUAGCACAAAAAAAAAGAAUAUAGUGAGAAAAAAGGAAAGGAGAUGAACAAAUAUAUAUAUACAGUCCGGCCAUUUGGCGCAGAGCUGUGAGAUUUUGUAUGGACAGAAUAUGUGUACCUCCUGCGAACGCGCUAGACAUGUGUUUGUCUUAUCGUGUAUGUAAUUAAAACUCCCAAUUACCUAAUGAGUAUCUAUGCGUUUGUACCUACCUAGCGAAUAAUAUAAAUAGUACGUAUUACUUGUAAAAUCGCUGCGAGGGUGUUUCGUGGAACGAAAAAGUUGCGUCUUUGUAUAGAUAUAUACAUAUAUAUACUAUAUAUAUAGAUAAUAUGUAUAGAGGUUUAUAUAGCUCAUACGCACCAGUUGCAUUAGGCACUUGUCACACGAUAAUUCUGGAAAAAUAUCAUUUGAGAAAACACUACAGGCUGGAAUGAGAAACGUUGAUUGUUAAAGAAGAGCUGGGUUCUUACGACUUUUGAAUAUGCUGUACAUAUAUUGCCAGCGCAAGAGAAACGGACUUAAGAGAUCAUACCUGCGUAAGACAAAGACGUAUAUAGUCUGUUUUCGCAUUUGCAGCAGACAUGAGAAAUGCUAAAAUUCUAAGGGUUAAAACCUUUGGUAAGUGUUCCGAAUAUCAACGGUGUUUGGGGAUGUGUGAAAUUUGCUGUUUUUAUGAAUUCGAUACUGAAUAUUGACUGAAAAUGUCAUGUGACAUUUAAACAAACAAACCUUAUGGCAACGCAGUGAAAAUGGACUCAUCCAUUUGAGCUAGAAAGCCCCGUAUUGUAUUAUGCAUCCAUGCUUGAUAAAUAGAGAUACACAUUCGGCAGAAAA